UCGGGAGGCGCCUUGUGCGCAGGCGCGGUCCGGCCUUUCUCCGUUCCGGGCGUCGCUGCCGCUGCUGCUGCUGCUCACCGACCGACCGACAUGGGCGUGCGUGUGGAGACCAUCACCCCCGGGGACGGGAGGACCUUCCCCAAGCGCGGGCAGACCUGCGUGGUGCACUACACGGGUAUGCUGGAGGACGGGAAGAAGUUUGACUCCUCUCGCGACAGGAACAAGCCAUUCAAGUUCGUGAUGGGCAAGCAGGAGGUCAUCCGCGGCUGGGAGGAAGGGGUCGCCCAGAUGAGCGUCGGGCAGCGCGCCAAGAUGAUUAUCUCGCCAGACUACGCCUACGGCGCUACCGGGCACCCAGGAAUCAUCCCUCCUAAUGCCGUUCUAGUUUUUGACGUGGAGCUUAUAAGAAUGGAAUGACGAGAGGCGCGGCUUCUCCCGUCUCCCUGCUCUGGGGUUUGGCACAGGGCAAAGCCCGGAAACCUUUUUUUUGCUUCGAGAAGAAUGCACACGAAUUUGUAUGGAGCUUUCCCCGGCUUAUCCACUACACUCUUGGUGUAACCCUCCGCCCCGAUUUGAAUGUGUUGGGGUCACCGGCUCUUGGCUCCCGACUCCUCCUUUCUCGUUCUCCUCCGACUUCUCCUUUUUUUUGACAUUGUUAAGCCGCAUCGCUGUAAAACCUCAGCUGUCUUAUUUUAUCGGUCAGAUUCUUUAAUCUUAUUUGUUGGGGGGGGGGAAGGGGCGGGGGUUGGGUUUUUUUGGUGUAGACUUGAAUUGUGUACAAUUGAGCAUUUACUAGUUUUAAGCAUACCAAUCGGUUCACGUUGCAUAGGAAUUAAUUGCGCCGACACCGCAAAAGCGCUCUCUCUUUUUUUUCUCGCCGUUGUGUUUUUCUGGGGGGGAAGUUAUCUGUCGUACGAUGAAACCGAUCCGCCGCUGCAAAGCCGCGCAGAGCAGUUCGAGAAGCGAUCGAAGGGGGGGGGGGGGAAGCCACAUAAUCAUAGGAUUUGAUAACGGUUCUCUGCCUGAAAUUUGGGGCUCGCACGGAACAGUCCUCCCCGAUCCCGUUGCCUUCGCCCCUUUCAUUUUGGGGAAGGUUAACCUCCGCAGUAACCUUUUUACGCUGGGGUCGUUCUUGCCUACCCCUCGAUUACGGAUCUCUCCACCCCGUUGCCAAUCUUUUGGUAUCUUUUCUACUGGAUUUUCGGGACGUUUUUAAUCUCUAGCUUUCUGAAUCCCACCGCUAGCGAGAUUCCAGAACUUCGGAAGGUGCUGUCCUUUUUUUCUUUUUUCCCCCCCGCUCCUCUUGGGGGCGAGGGGAGAAACCCACCCUUUCCCACCCCCACCCUCAUCAGCGCAGAAAUACUAGAGUGUUCUUUACGAAAACCCUGAUGCUGGUCAUCGCAGCUUUGCAGACGCCCCUCGAGGCAAUGCACCGAAACACCCCCCUCCCCAACUCCCCUUCCUGGUUGUCAGAACCAACCGCUCUCUUCCCCCUCCCCCCCCCCCGGUGUAGUGAUUUUUUGGUAAGAGAAUCGCCGCUGACGCACUCUGCACUGUCACCACGUCGACACAUAGAGUUUUAUUAUUGCAAUAAAAACGCUUAUGCUGGCUUUUCUCAA